AUGUCGCCAUCUACAUCUCACAUCUCGAGCCAGCUGCGGCAACUAAUAUACUACCAUUUGGACAACAACCUAAUACGCACUGCCUUGUUUCUCGCCGGUCGUCUACACGCGUACGAGCCACGAACGUCGGAAGCCUCAUAUCUACUCGCUCUAUGCCAUCUGUUGAAUGGUCAAGUGAAAUCGGCGUUGGAUUACAGCAGGAAUUUCGGAUCGCGGGGUACUCACUUAGGCUGUUCCUAUGUCUACGCGCAAGCCUGCUUGGAUCUGGGGAAAGAGCUGGACGGAAUCACGGCGCUGGAACGGAGCAAGAGCCUAUGGGCUUCGAAAAACCAUUGGAACAAGCACAAUGAAACGCGCAGACAACAUUUACCGGACGCAGCUGCAGUAAUGUGCUUGCUGGGUAAACUGUGGUACGCGCAUAAAGAGAACAACAAGGCGGUAGACUGUUAUGUCGAGGCUUUAAGGUUGAAUCCGUUUAUGUGGGAUGCAUUUAUGGGCUUAUGUGAAACUGGUGUCAACGUCCGUGUUCCUAACAUCUACAAACUAAACUCCGAUCUGCUCGCGGUAGUCACUUCCUCUAUGCAAGAGGACGCCGAUCUUGCCACCUCCGAUAAAGCCACCCCUGCAGCCGGCCCGCUGCAAUCGCAGGCAAAUACGAAUUCAACCAUGGACCCGUUUACAGCUGCAACGUCCCGAGCCGACUCGAAUCUUACGCACGGGAGCUCUGUUUUAUGGGAGAAGUUAAACGGAAGUACGGUCAGCGUGGUUUCCACAGGAGCAUCGGCGCCGAUAGUACAUGAAGGGACGGAAACGCCGGGAGGCCAAAGCAGUGAAUCUGACGAGUUCCGCAUCGGUCAUGGCGCGGGGAAUACGGACGCCCCGAUGGAGCCGCCCCUUGCUCCCGCACGGAAGAAUCGCACGAUUCAGUCAGUAGGUGCCGAUCAUGGAAUGGACCCGCCUCCCAAGAUGAAACCCACGGGUAUCAGGCAAAGAACAAGGACGAAGCCGGAAUCGGAAGAGCACGUAGCCACCCAGACAGAGAAGGAAACCGUCCCCAGUUCGCGAGUCGGGGACCGCAAACGCACAGUUUCUGGUCAGGUCGCUCACUCCUCAACGUCACAGCCCACCGAGCCGGGGGCCCCGCAGCGCCGCAGCGUACGGCUUUUCAAUCAGAUCAAGCCGACAACAAGCAAAUUCUCGGGGACGGCGCUAGGCAUGAAAGACGGCCGCGAGCUGAAGAAGGUCAAAGCCACCGGAGCGAAGGGGCGUAGUACAACGGCGCCGACCAUGGGUCGCGUGGUCAGCGGCAGUAGGAAGCCGGCCGGUGACAUUCAUGACAGUGACGGUCGAGAACACCGAACCACUUCCACACAUGGCGGGACCCAGCAUGCAUCGUCUCGCACCGCCGCGCUUGAAAAGUCCAAGUCGAUAGAGGCCCUCACGUGGCUGCUAGAACUGUUUGCCAAGUUAGCCUCCGGACAUUUCGCCCUGACUCGGUACAGGUGCUCCGAGUCCAUCCAGAUCUUCAACGCGCUUUCGCAAGGUCAACGCGAGACGCCGUGGGUUCUUUCACAGAUUGGUCGCGCGUACUACGAACAAGCAAUGUACUCCGACGCCGAGAAAUACUUCGUCCGGGUGCGCACAAUGGUGCCGUCCCGCCUGGAAGAUAUGGAGAUCUACUCUACCGUCCUGUGGCAUUUGAAGAAUGACGUCGAAUUAGCAUAUCUGGCGCAUGAACUGAUGGAUGUUGAUCGCCUGUCACCCCAGGCAUGGUGUGCGAUUGGUAACUCCUUCUCCCACCAACGGGAUCAUGACCAAGCGUUGAAGUGCUUCAAGCGGGCCACUCAAUUAGAUCCUCAAUUCGCAUAUGGGUUCACCCUACAGGGACACGAGUAUGUCGCCAACGAGGAAUACGACAAGGCACUCGAUGCGUACCGACAUGGCAUCAGUGCCGACAACAGGCACUAUAAUGCGUGGUACGGCUUGGCAACGGUAUACGAUAAGAUGGGCAAACUCGAUUUCGCCGAACAACACUUCCGCAAUGCGGCCACGAUCAACCCCACCAAUGCCGUGCUGAUCUGCUGCAUCGGUCUCGUGUUGGAAAAGAUGAACAAUCCCCGGGGUGCACUGACCCAGUAUGGACGAGCUUGCGUGUUAGCGCCGCACUCUGUGCUCGCCCGAUUCCGCAAGGCUCGCGUGUGCAUGAAGCUCCACGAGCUGAAAUCCGCUCUGACGGAACUGAAGAUUCUCAAAGACAUGGCGCCGGACGAGCCUAAUGUGCAUUACCUCCUGGGCAAACUCUACAAGAUGCUGCACGACAAGGGGAACGCCAUCAAACACUUUACGACGGCUUUGAAUCUUGAUCCCAAGGCGGCACAGUAUAUUAAGGACGCCAUGGAGUCCCUGGAUGACGAUGAAGAGGACGAUGAAGAUAUGGCAUGA